UGUUUGCCCACCGCCAUUAAAGGGAUAGCAGAAGACGAACAGUUCGGGGUCGGUUUGAAAACGGACCGGAGUGUUGCUCGCGGUGGAUAACUUCAUCAGAGAGGAGUCCGGGUUAAGAGCUUUGUUCCUGGUUAUUGCAGUGAGCCGUUCCCCCGUUAGUCCUGCUCUCUCCGUUACGUAGUUCAUUCGAAACAACCGGAGCCACUACAGAAUGACGCGGAUGUGUGGAGGAACGUGUAGAUGUGAACUGUUUACCUUUUUUCGGGUCAUUUCACCUCGGACCUAUCUUUGUUAGCCAAACAUGCUAACUGGAAUUAGCGUAGCGUGCUUACGUUAGCUGGAAGUAGACAGAGCCACCUUUCAGAGCAAACGGUGUGUAUACCGGAGUGUGUGUGCAGGAAAAGCUGCUGUGAUUCAGUCAACAUGAGUAAAGUCCAGAUGCAGCUCUCGUUGGUGAAGCAGCGACUCACUGCAGCUGCUGAGGAUAUAUUUGUUCUGUUUGAAAGAACGAUAGCAGAGUACGAGGAGGAACUGUCUCGGUCCAAAGAGGAGAACGAGAGACACCGGAAACUACUGGACGCUGUGUUACAGCCUCACAUCCGGAUGCACAGAGCAGACGUCCAGCAGCUGGUGGUGGUUAAAGAAGAGGUUCCCCCUCAGCAGCAGGAGAGGGGCUCCAGUCUGAACCAAGAGGACACAGAGCCCCCCCCACACAUUAAAGAGGAACAGCAGGAACUCUGGAGCAGUGAGGAGGGAGAGCAGCUUCAAGGGCUGGAGGAGGCUGAUAUCAUCGAGUCCACCUUCACUCCUGUCCCUGUGAAGAGUGAAGAUGAUGAAGAGAAACUUCCAUCCUCAGAGCUUCAUCACAGACAGACUGAACUCAUGGAAACACAAGCUGAUGGAGAGGACUGUAGAGGACCAGAACCAGCCUCAGAUCCAGAUACACAUUUACAACCAGAUACUGAGGACAACACUGGAGACUCUUCUGAACCUGAGACUGAUGGCUGUGGUGAUUGGAAGCAGACCAGAGAGCCUCAGCCAGGUUUAAGCUCUCUGAAAUAUGAUCAAGUCCCUGUCAGUGAUUCCAGAUAUAGUGCUGGAGAAAAAACACUCAGCUGCUCAGUUUGUAAGAAGUCUUUUAAAUGGAGAAGUAGAUUAAACGACCACAUGAGAUCACAUACAGGAGAGAAACAAUUCAGCUGCUCAGUUUGUCAGAAGUCUUUUUCACAAAAAUCUGAUUUAAAAGAGCACUGGCAAACUCACAAAGGAGAGAAACCAUUUAACUGCCCAUUCUGUAAGAAAUCUUUUAAAUAUGAUUCAAACCUGCAGAAACAUAUUGGAGUGCACACAGUAGAGAAACCAUUCAGCUGCUCAAUUUGUGACAAAAGAUUCAGCCACAAAUGGAUACUGAAAACACACACCAGAAAUCAUACAGGAGAGAAACCUUUCAGCUGCUCAGUUUGUAAGAAGUCUUUUAAAUGGAAAUCAAAUUUAAAGCUUCACAUGAGAAUCCACACAGGAGAGAAACCAUACAGCUGCAGUGUUUGUGACAAAAGAUUUAAUUGCCUAUCGCAUAUGAAAAGCCAUAUCAGAAUCCACACAGGAGAGAAACCAUUCACAUGCUCAGUUUGUAAGAAGACUUUUAAAAGGAAAUCAAAUUUAAAGCAUCACAUGAGAAUCCACACAGGAGAGAAACCAUUCAGUUGCAGUGUUUGUAACAAAAGAUUUAUCCAGCAGAAUCGCGUCAAAAACCAUAAAUGUCCUGGUCAUCAGUCCUCACCGUUUCAUCAAACUCAAACUGAGGAGAACAGAGUGGCAGAGCCUCCAGCCAGCAGCUCAACUGAGCUCAUGGAAACAGAAGCUGAUGGAAAGGACUCUGGAGGACCAGAAUCAUUCAGGAACUCGGAUCCACAGAGAGAGUUAAAACCAGAUACUGAGGACAGGACUGGAAACUCUUCUGAACCUGAGACUGAAGACAGUGAUGAUAGUCAGUUUUAAACUCUGUGGAAAAGCUCCUGUAAGUGACACCAAUGUGAUACCUACUCUGAGUUUAACAUUUUGGCUCCAUGUUCAGACUUAAAUUUAGGAGGAAAUCAGAGAAAGAGAAAGCAGAGAAAGCAUUCAGUUGCUCAGUUUUAUGUUUCAGAUCUGAACAGAAUUUGCUUUUAAUUACUCUUAAUUAGUCAACAGUAGUGUAAGUAUCAAAGCCAGAAGGAAAGCUUCUAUAAUAUGUUGCAAUAGCAAAGUAGAGAUCACAGCGAUUGAAAAUAUAUUCUGAGAUGGACAGCACGAUAGUUUAAGCUGUAAUCUGUCUGCUGUGUUGUAUCAUCAUACCCGUCCUGAGAAAUGUCCAGCUCAUCCAAAAGCUCCUGCUCCAUCUGAUUGAUACAGAAGGGCCUUGCUGUGGUCCAAGCCUGUCAACGUUACUCUGUACUCACUCUCAACACCAAGCUAAUGUUGAUAGUACACUCAUCUUAAAUUAAACUAUGCAGUUGAUAUUUAAAUAUCUCUUUAAAGUCGGGAGAUCCUUCAUAUUUUACUUACAAGGUCAGUCGUGAAGGAGGAUUAAAGAGUUUUUAGAGCCCAUAUUUUCAUUGCCUCGAGUUUGCUGAGAACAAACGAGUGAUUUAAAGGUUAUUAAAAAUCCUUUACAAAUCAUGUUGGUGUUUUAUUCAGAGUAAGUGUGACUUGGUUAAGUCUAGGUAAAUUCUAUAUUUCAGUUUUUAUCAAAAAAUCCCGCGAAACAACUGCAGUUUAUUGAUGUUAACAAGUAUCUGUUUAUCUGCAGUUGAUUUAUGUAAUUUAUCUCUGAGCUCCAUAUUUGACUCUAUUUAAGUGGGGUUGCACGUAGAGAACUAUUAAAGUGAGACGGGAAUAAUCUGAAUCGUCUGUUAUUAACUAUUGAGAUUAGUUUGUGUGAAAAUGGAUGUGAUUUCUGAUAAGUUUACAGUAUGAGAUAAUCUAAUGCAGCCUCAGUCUGCCUUUAAAUUCAAUACCAAACAAUGGUAAUCCAGCAUUUGGAAUAAAGGACCAGAUUGAAACUGACUCUGGAAGGGUAAACACAUGUAUAAACAGUACAGUAUAUUCAUAUUUCUAAAACAAUCAGUAAAAUAGUUUAGUUCCUGUGUUUCUGGUUGGAGAUAACACAAGCAAAAACAUGUAUGUGCGGUUGUUCACGCAGUGCGUUUAUUAGCAAUGCUUUUGACAUGGUUUCUGGUACUUCAAUCCAUCAGAGCGUCUCUGUUCCACACUGAAAAAUCCCAAAAGACCUUGGAUCAAAUGCUGGAAUCAUUCAUGUUCCCCUCCAGAGGGAUUGUGACAGCCUUUGGUAAUAUUCUAACAGGUAAAGGUGCUUUUUUUAUAUGCUUGAGGGUAUGCCCAAAGGAAAUGCUAUUUGAAAUUGUAGUGGCCACGAUAUCCAUUUGUUGGUUUCUUUUGUUUGUGAUUCACUCCUGGGCUGACAGAUGGGUAUACGCUUGUUGUUGAGAAAGAAGGCGUCCAGAUGCGAAUGAAAACAAAAAUAUUCUUGUGUAUUCCAACAGCGAUGCAAAAAUGAAUAAACCUUUUCAAUCACA